AUGGCCAACUCGCCCUCCUCCUCUCAACCAACUUGUGCUCGAGACUCCCUACUAUGUGAAUACAAGCUUUCUGAAGAGGACAUUGAGAAGUUCAAAGCAAAGUUUGGCAAUAACUCCAUGGAAUCUUUCGAAGCUGUGGUGAACUUCAUGGAUCAAAUUGAGUCUUCUGGGGAUUCUGUCCUUCUUCAGAUGAAUGAACCAUUUGCACGAAACAAGCUCCUUGAUGUAGUGGAGUGGAAUCAACAUCGUCGCUCCUUUGAAGCUGAGAUGGAUGACAAACGUCGUUCCUUUGAAGAUAAGAUGGAUGACAAACGACGUUCCUUUGACACUGAGAUGGAUGACAAACGUCGCGCCUUUGACACUGAGAUGGAUGACAAACGUCACGCCUUUGACACUGAGAUGGAGGAGAUGCAUCAGACCCACAAGGAGGUGAUGGAUAUCGUGGAGGAAAAGCUCAAACUUCGUCGUCAAGAACGCUUUGUUGGAAGUCCUCCAGGAGACUCUCGUCCAGAUGAAGUUGAAAAGCAAGUCUUCAUGAUUCCUAAACUGGCUAGUAUUAUCAAUGCCAUCUUCAACAUCUCCAAACGUGUACCAUUCUUCUUCAUGAACAUCUUCCUUUAUCUCAAAGCUAUGAUCAUGAUUCCAGUCAAUGCCAUCUUCAACAUCUCCAAACGUGUACCAUUCUUCUUCAUGAACAUCUUCCUUUAUCUCAAAGCUAUGAUCAUGAUUCCAGUCAAUGCCAUCUUCAACAUCUCCAAAGGUGUACCAUUCUUCUUCAUGAACAUCUUCCUUUAUCUCAAAGCUACCAUCAUGAUUCCAGUCAAUGCCAUCUUCAACAUCUCCAAACAUGUACCAUUCUUCUUCAUGAACAUCUUCCUUUAUCUCAAAGCUACCAUCAUGAUUCCAGUGGCCAACGACAAUGGCAUCCACAAGGACAACCACAUCUACAAUGACAAUGACAACGGCAUCCACAAUGACAACAGCAUCCACAACGACAAGGACAUUGACAACAACAUCCACAAUGACAAGGACAAUGGCAUUGACAAGGAAAAGGACAACGACAAUGACAUCCACAAUGACAACCACAUCCACAAGGACAUCAACAUCCACAAUGACAAUGACAAGGACAACGGCAUGGACAAGGAAAAGGACAACCACAAUGACAAGGACGACGACAUCCACAAUGACAAGGACAUCCACAAUGACAAGGACAACAGCAUGGACAGGGAAAAGGACAUGGACAAUGACAACCACAUCCACAAUGACAACCACAAUGACAAUGAUGACGAGGGUGACCAUGGGGUCCAUAAUGAGAGUGACAUCAAGGAUUGGCAAGAGCAACAAGAUGAAGUUCAAUCCCUCUCCACAGAGGAGAACUUGGACCAUGACCCUCAAAUGAAUCCAGCUAAUGUCCUUGUUGGACUGGGUGGCUUGUCUGCUCAUGAUGUUGCUUCUAUCAGAAACCAAGUGGAAGAAAAUUACAUGUUUUGCCUACAAGGCCUUUCUGACAAUGAUGUUGCUUACGUCAGAGACCUAAUGGAAAAGGAAAUAAACACUGCCAUGUUGGAGCUCAUGCAUAAAAAGCGGACGGAGAGGCAGCAACGUCGAGAUGAAGAAGACAGAGAAUGUAUCAGGCAACUGGAAGCACAGUUGGAGCAUACCCGGGCUCAAAAUGAGGCUCAUGCUAAGCAACAAAAUGAUGCCUUGAAUCCUGAAGUUGAGGAACCAACCAGCCCCACGCGCAGUCUUUGA